AUGCGCUCGCGGGGGCUGCCCGACGGGGCAGGCCUCGUGCUGAUUGGACCCAGCAAAAAGCAGAUACCACAUCGCGUGUGGUCAUCGAAAAACCGCAUGUUCGCCCGUCUGUGGGACCUCUUUGUACGGCUCCAAAAAUCGCUCCUUAACGACGACUACGCGGGGACCGGCGGUCGAUCUGCGCCUUCUCAGCGAAAGCUUCUGUGGGUGGUCGUUAAGGCUCGCUCCCCACACAACAGCCCGGAGUUUGGGCCACCAUAA